AUGAACCUGCGUCGAUGGGCCCUCUCGGUCUUCGUUGGUCUCUUUGUUCUCACGUGCCCCAUCUCGUCGAGUGAAGUGCAGGCUAUUGAGUGUCAAGCCAAGAAUAAAACCUUUGGGUUUCUGGUGGAUAGCCUGCCAACAGCCUACGGCAUCAACACUUGCGUGGCCAACAACGUGCGGACCGUCAGUAAGGCCCUUGCAAGCACCAUCUUCAGCCGAUGUGGCAUGUUGGAUAUCUACGAGGUGGUCAAGAACGAGGAUUUCCACAACUUUGCCGCUUUAUUGAAGAACAUCACGGCGAAGCCCACCAAGAUAUCCCGACUCGUCUACGAGUACAUGGCCAGCCACACUGACGAGUCCAUGGACAACCUCUGCGAUGCCUUUAGUGACGCGUUCGGACCGUGCGGAGGGAAAGUCAUCCCGAAACUGCUGCCUGUGUUGCAAAAGGACGACAAGUGUUGCGCGGAAUUCAGCGACUUGAUCGACCUGCUGAGCAUCUUCAUCGCACCCGACAAGAGUAUGAGCCAUUUCUUGGUGAACGGACUCAUCAAUGGCUUUAACCAAAUGCUCUGCUCGAAAAAGGGUCGCGAUUCCUGUGGACUCCAUAUCUUUAAAUCGUACACGAGUAUGUACACGGUGAAGAGCUUUGACUUUUUUCAGCACAUGGUGCUGCCGUUCAUGACCAUUGGCGCCGGUGAGGAAUGCUCAGGUUUGUCGGGGAACCCGUAUACGGACACGGCGUCCAAGAAGACAGCAACGACCAUCGAUUUCGGCUGCUGUGUUCACCACAUGCGGCCGUUCAUUCAGACGAUACAAGGCUCCGUCAGGAAUGUUGUCGGUGACCCAGUAUGGGACGUCUUUAGCGGCAUGGUCUCGUUCAAGGAUCCGGAUGGCGCUUUUGUCGACACUCUUGCAGGGACUGCGGGAUGCCGUGUCGGUAAGUGCGAGAACCCGAAGGGUAUGGCCGACGAUCUUGGAAUGCUUCGUCACGUUGGUGCGAACGACCCGGGCAAGAACAAUUUGGUCGACACGAACUGCACCUUUGUAGAAAAGUGCAGCGGAGACAAGUCGGUGUGCAGCCGCGUGUGUGACAGAGGCUCAGUCAUUGUUCCGGACUGGCUGGAGUCGACUCUAGCUUACCAACGCAAUCUAGCGUUCAGCGGUCCGAUUUGCCUCGCGCAGCUUCCUGCUUCGCACAACAGCGCUAUUACCUUAGCUGAUGGCUUUGGAAAUCGUGAUCAGCUUUUCAACAAAAAUCUGGAUGCGGACAAACCGUGGUCAUACUUGCUGACAAACAACCAAGUGCUAAGUUUGACCGACCAGCUCGACAUUGGCAUCCGUUUCGUUGAGAUUGACGUCCACUUUUUCCUGAACGACGUACGCAAUGGACAUUGUGGUGCUCUUAAGAUGCCUACUGUAAUUGAGUCCAUCGAGACAUUGGGCAAGACGCUCGGUAACUAUGGCGUGUUUUCCUGGGGCGCAGAGCUGUUGGGCUGUUUCCCUUCCAUUUCUGGCAUCAAGGCUUCGGAGCAGCCAAUGACGCAAGACUCUUUGGACGAAGUCAAGGCUUGGAUCAAGGCGCACCCGACAGAGUUCGUUGUGGUGUACAUGGACACGGGUCAUGAUAUGACGCGAUUGGACAAACUGGGCGCGAUGGACACUCUGUUGAUCGAUACGUUCGGUGACUUGCUUGUUCCAACGAAAGCUCUUGAUAAGCUUGCGAAAGACGAGUGGACAGGUGGUAGCAUCAAGGGGUUUGUCAAAGCAGGAUACCGAGUGUUGGCCCUGGCAAACUCCAAGACGGCGAGUGCCUAUAAGUUGCAUGACAUGUGCACCUCACAGGAUCUUAAGGUCGAACACGUUGAUGACAUGCCUGACAGAAAGCGACAAAUUGACGGACUGACGGUCUACAGCGGCACAAGCUGGAUCCGUACGUGGGGAGAGCAGCUUCGCUACAUCUCCCUGUCUGCAACUGGAAAAUUUACGCGAGAGCUGCCGGUGUUCUUGAACGCUGAAUCAAUUCCCAAAUUUUUGCGCUGGAACAUUAAUCUCAUUGCUCUGGACAACGUCGACGUAGCCAAGAUGGCCGCUUACGUCUGGUCGUGGGCAAUCAACGAGCCCAGCAUUACGGAGAAGGGAGCGAGCGUGCUCAUGAACAAGCAUGGUCGCUGGGUGACUAGCACUAACGCUAAGAAGAAGAAGUUUCGAGCGUGCUGGAAUGGUGCAAAGUUGAAGUGGUCCAUCGUGCCUUUUGCAAAGGAUUGCCCCGCCAAAACCAUUUUCAAAGCCCCGACGGAUCCUCACCAGAACUACCUGUUACACCAGGCACUCGUUGCUAACGGUAUAACGGGCACGUCACUGGUCAUUAUGCAACUUUGA